AUGGCUUCUGAGCAGGAAGACAAGUCUGCGACCUCGCCUGUUGCGUCACAGUCACAGACGCCUCCUCCACCCGUUACCAGCCUGCCGGGUCGCGACAAUCGAGAUCAAGCUGGGGAUGGCAACGAAAUGAGCCAAUCACCAAAGACCCCUACUGAGAACCAAGAUCGGCACGAUGAGGAGCACGAGCCUCUGCAAGUCGAUGAGGAGGAACUGCCAGGCAAUGACGCAGACUCCACAUAUGGGUCAGACAGAGACUCAACCUACACAGGCUCAGUCACUUCAUCCAUCUACGAUUAUCAGUACGAAAAUGGACGGCGCUACCAUGCAUACAGAGAAGGACAAUACGUCCUACCCAACGAUGACCAGGAGCAGCAGCGUUUGGAUCUUCAGCAUCACAUCUGGCGAUUGCUUCUUGGUGGCGCCCUCCAUAUAGCACCUUUACCAAAAUUGGAUGACCAAAGCGAGUAUCGCAUCUUGGAUUUGGGCUGCGGCACUGGAAUUUGGGCCAUAGAGAUGGCUGAUGAGUAUCCCAACGCCUCAGUAGCCGGUGUCGAUCUUUCCCCAAUCCAACCCGACUGGGUCCCUGGUAACUGCGUAUUUCACGUCGACGACUACGAAGAUGAGUGGACGUAUCGUGAGAACGAGCAUUUCGACUACAUCCAUGGUCGUGCACUCUGCGGCACUUCGGCAAACUGGCCUCUCUUCUACAGCAGAGUGCUAGAGAACCUCAAGCCAGGUGGCUACGUUGAGAUGCAAGAGUAUGACGCUUGGAUAUUCAGCGACGACGACAGCUGCGAUCGUGCCCCAUGGACAAUGGAGUGGGUGAGCAAGUUAGAUGAAGCGAGUAGGAUGUUUGGAAAGCAGAUCAAUGUAGCACGAUAUCAAAAGCAAUGGAUGAUUGAUGCGGGUUUUGAAGACGUCCAAGAACGAGUCUACCGAAUACCCAUUGGUCCUUGGGCAAAGGACCCAGCGUUGAAAGAACUGGGCAAAUUUGAACUCACACACAUGCAGAUGUCUGUCGAAUCACAUACACCUGCACUCUUCACGCGAGUAUGGAACUACUCACAGGAUCAAGUCAUGGUUUUAAUGGAAGGCGUGAAGAGAGAAUUCCGAAGUCGAGACUUGAGAUUGAUCACGACUUACCGGUUCCUCACAGGGCGGAAGCCACUUCAAGCGUAG